ACAUCGCUACACAGUGGUGGUAACAUUCCACGUGCGCGGGCUAACCUAUGCUGCAUAAGACCACACGACUUUGAGUCGGAACAAAAUGACUUUUGACUCAAAGCCCGCAAUGCACCGAUUGCAAAGAUUUGGUUGCACACACAAGUUGUACACAACGGAUUCUCAGGGUGUUCUGCCUUAAGAUCGUGCACUCACACCACUAUAGGACCCAACACAUUUUGCAUGUGAAUGCGGUGCACGUGCAUCUGCCUUGUACUCUGUGUUGUGCAUUUGUGUUAAGUGUUAGCUACAAAUCAUUUCCCUACAAAUGUCCACUGAGCCUAGUGAUGACGCAGAGCGUCAUGUGUAUUCUAUAUUUUCGUAGUAUACCGUUCCAUGUAGUUCACAUUUUUCUUAGCAUGGACCCAAGUCAACGCCAAGAAACAGCAAUUAAGCUCAAACACGCUGAACAGUGCAAAACGGUUUUUGUGCGGAUCAAAAAUUAUUCUUGCAAGCUCCGAGCACGAGGUGCAUCCUUGGUAGAAUCAACAGAUACGAAGAUGAAUACAAGUAGUGUCUUUACACAAAACGCAAAUUAGGAACUGGCAAUGGGUUGUCUGGAAAUCCAAACCAAAUGGGAAAAUGUAUAUCUUUAAGCUCAUAGCUCGCGGGGGGACCGACUAGGAGGUUUUUGUAUGGCCCAGAAAAGUAUCAAAACGUUUAUCGACGUGUCGUAAGGCACACAAACGGAAAAUAAUCGGGCGCUAUAAAUGUGACGCAGAAAAAUAAAGUGAAUUUUCAAAGUGCCAUAAUAUACAUAGAUAUACGCAUCACAUUUAUAUAUAUUUGUCCUAUAAAUAUCUAUAACUUGCCCACGGCCGAUAAUAAAAUCCUUGAUGCACCUAGUCAAAUGAGUACAACUCAAAAAUAUCUAAUCUCAACCGGGUUCCGUAAGAAAAGAGAUUGCCGAAAUGCCGAUAUGAAGCCUCCUGGAGAAGAUCAAACGAAUGAGAAGGAGCAUUCCGACUUAGGGAUGAUAAAACAACUUCAAUUAAUACGUAAUCGAAUACUCAGUCAGGUCCAUUACGAUAGCAUGACCGACAUUGAUGCGAGUGCUCAACAGCAACAACAACUUCAGAACGUGCAGAGACUGCAGCACGAAAGCUGCCUUCAGGAAUUGCACAAUCAUCUGAGCAACCAGUUCGGGGCAGGUUGCUUUGCUGCAGCGAACCCCCAACAUCAGAAUCAACAGGCAGUUUCCGUAUCUUCCGGAAACUUGAUGCCAUUCCUUCCGGCCUUCCUACAGCCCCCAAUGCCUCCCCAACAGCUCCUGCAGCUCAUUCCCGGUCAUGAGAAUCCCCAAUCUGUCCCAACUCAUCAUCACAGUCACCCGCAAAGUGAGCCAUUCAGCACACACAAAAUGGCACUAGCUCCUAUGUGGUCCACUGCGGCUGUGGCAGCUGCGCACAUUCAAGCAGCUCUGGCGGCUGCAGCAGUAGCAGCUGCCAAAAAUAACAAAAACAGCAGCCAUUAUUCGAACAACACUAAUAUAGUCGGUUUAGCCACCAGAGGUAAUGAGCUACUGAACACAGAUUCUAAUCCCCAAAUGGAAAUCGGAGAAAUGAGAAGGGACGGCAAUGGGGGGUCCUGCAUGUCAAGGCCGGAGUCCCCAACAUACGAGAAUCCACCUUACGAAAUCCUCUCAUACAGCCAUAACACACCUCCGGAAUCUCCACAUGGUCGGAUAGCUGAUUAUUCCAAAAACUUUCCACCAUCCCCGACAGACAAUCACAGCAUUUCGAGUCCGUCUGAAGCCCAAGACUCGGAAAUGGAUGCUCCACUUAAUCUCAGCAAGCCAAAGGGAUCACCAAGUUCAUCGCCGAACAACUCUUCUCAAAGGGAUCACUGCGAAAGUCUUACUCCUGUUGUGUCCAGUCCUCCCCUCAGUUGGCACCAGGGGCAACCACAUUAUGCGGAGAUAGAGUCGCCCCUUCUAAAAAGUCAUGGGAGAGUGUGGAACUCAUCUGUUGUAUGUUCUGGAGGAUCGCGGGCAACGCGAGUGAGUCGUGACUCAGUAAAUAGUUGUGGUACGAAUUCAGAACGAUCGGCUGCGUUGGACCCAGAAAGUUUGAACUCAGGUCAACUAGGCCCUGUACCUGCAUCGCCCUCAUCGCAGCCACUGAGACAAGGAAAUGGUCAUGGACACGGAAGCAACCACGGCCACGUGCACAGCAAGCCACACAUAAAGAGGCCAAUGAAUGCGUUCAUGGUGUGGGCAAAAGAUGAGCGAAGAAAGAUACUCAAGGCUUGCCCGGACAUGCAUAAUUCGAAUAUAUCAAAAAUUCUUGGUGCUCGUUGGAAAGCUAUGUCCAAUGCCGACAAACAGCCGUAUUACGAAGAGCAGUCAAGGCUCUCAAAGCUUCACAUGGAGCAGCAUCCGGACUACCGCUAUAGACCUCGACCCAAGCGCACCUGUAUUGUGGAUGGUAAAAAGAUGCGUAUUUCCGAAUAUAAGGUCCUGAUGCGAAACCGGAGGGCUGAGAUGAGACAGCUAUGGUGUCGCACAGGCGGGGUCAGUGGGGGCUCAGGAAGUCUCUGCGCAGAUUCCUGUCCAAAGGGAUCCGGAGGUUCUAAUGCUCAGGUGGCGGUUGCAGCCGCUGCAGCUGUGUAUCACUUGCAGGAUAUGGCAUCUUCAGCUGCUUCCACCGCUCAUGGGCAUGACUGUGGACAUACGCCCCCUCAGCAGUUCUUCUAUCCCCCAGAAAGCUUAUCGCCUUCUGGUUUUUCUUCCGAUGAUGUGGAACUUGCAUCUCAGCGCGAACCAGACGACUAGGAUGGUGAUUACCGAAAGCCAAUUCCGGAAUAGUGGCAGUUCUGUCCAAUGGUGCCAGUUCUCAGAAGAUAAAUGAAAAAUAUAAUUAAAAUCUGUUUGUAAAUACACAAAAAUAGGAUAGUCAUUAUUUAAAGUAAGUUUCAGUUCAAGUGCCAUUAACGUACAUAAAUACACAUACAUACAUAUAUAAGUAAUUUGUGAAUCCAUAGUUUACAGGGCAUUCGGUCUUGGGAACCUUGCAAUUUUUGUGCCAUUUACGCACCAAUGCUGUAGCCAUAAUAACAUACCCCAGAUUAGCCGUAAACAAAUAGGUAGUUAGUAUCGAUUCAAAAAAAUACAAAAUAUACAAAUAUGUACAUGUCAAAUUUGUAUGCGUCCAAAUACUCAAAUCUAGUUUAAUAGAAUUCACUUAAAUCAAUACAUAUUACAUAUAUUUAAUUACUUGUAGAUUUUCAUAAAUACUGUCAAAUUUAUCAUAAAGAUUGGCUUGUGUGCAUACUUAGUAAACACAUUACGAUGUUGUUAUAAUAACAUUAUAGUAUUCCUAUUCCGGCCGUAAGCCGCUAUUUCAUAAUCCUGGUAUUAUAAUAUGCUGGCAAUCUAAAUGCAAAUUUAGGAAAUCUAAUUCACAUGUAUUGUAUAUGAUGAACAUGCCUAAGUGUACAUUGAAAUUAUUAUUUCACUCUAACCUAAUUAAUUUUUAACAUAUACAAUGCAAUCGAAUCAAAAAGCUCACAAUUUAAAUACAAAUUCAAAAUUGCUUUUCAAGCAAUUGUAUAUUAACUGCGAGUAAUAGAACACUAGAAUAAUGGCUUGGAACCAAUUAAACAAGAACACGAAAUAUAUCUUUUUGAAAUUUCAA